CCUUAGCCUACGUCCACCAGUUUUUAACAUUCUUGUUGCACUUCCUUUAUUAUUCUUUUUGUCUACAGGUGAUCAGAAGGUCUAGAAACAGAGCAAAUAUCCAUGAUAUCAUCAAGGACAUCUUCAGUCUGUAAAGAAAAGAACUCACAUGAAAGUAUUCACUUUCCAGAUUGCACUGUUGCCCGCUGUGUUUAUACAAGUAAUUUUUCUCAGCCCUUUGAGAGUGAGUUAUAUCCAUUGAUCCCUGACUACUUUCAUGUAUCAUAAGAACGAGGGCAUUCUGAGAUUGCUGUCUUCAUCCCCUCGAAUAGCUACAUGGUGUUGAGUCAUAUGAGCGGACCAUUGUUUGUGGAACAAUUCACCUUCGCAAACAACGCAGAGACGUCCUUCUACGGCCGCUUCAGGCACUUCUUGGACAUCAUCGAUCCUCGAACACUCUUUGUCACUGAGAGACGUCUCAGAGAGGCUGUGCAGCUGCUGGAGGACUACAAGCAUGGGACCCUGCGCCCAGGCGUCACCAAUGAACAGCUCUGGAGUGCACAGAAAAUCAAGCAGGCUAUUCUACACCCAGAUACCAAUGAGAAGAUCUUCAUGCCCUUCAGAAUGUCAGGUUACAUUCCUUUUGGAACGCCAAUUGUAGUGGGUCUUCUCUUGCCCAACCAGACGCUGGCAUCCACUGUCUUCUGGCAGUGGCUGAACCAGAGCCAUAAUGCUUGUGUCAACUAUGCAAACCGCAAUGCCACCAAGCCUUCUCCUGCAUCCAAGUUCAUCCAGGGCUACCUGGGAGCUGUCAUUAGUGCCGUCUCCAUCGCUGUGGGCCUUAAUGUCCUGGUUCAGAAAGCCAACAAGUUCACCCCAGCCACCCGCCUUCUUGUCCAGAGAUUUGUGCCGUUCCCCGCCGUAGCCAGUGCCAACAUCUGCAACGUGGUCCUGAUGCGGUAUGGGGAGCUGGAGGAAGGCAUUGAUGUCCUGGAUGGUGACGGCAACCUCGUGGGCUCCUCCAAGAUUGCAGCCAGACAUGCCCUGCUGGAGACGGCGCUGACGCGAGUGGUCCUCCCCAUGCCCAUCCUGGUGCUCCCCCCGAUCGUCAUGUCCAUGCUGGAGAAGACGGCUCUCCUGCAGGCACGGCCCCGGCUCCUCCUCCCCGUGCAAAGCCUUGUGUGCCUGGCGGCCUUCGGCCUGGCCCUGCCACUGGCCAUCAGCCUCUUCCCGCAGAUGUCAGAGAUCGAGACAUCCCAGUUAGAGCCUGAGAUUGCCCGGGCCACGAGUAGUCGGACAGUGGUGUACAACAAGGGGCUGUGAGUGGUGGCCAGCCGGCCUGGGGCCGGAGUGUG